AGACCUGUAAAAAAAUGUGGCUCAGACUCACUUUGAAUAGCACUGCUUCAAAGCACUUGUGUCAGCAAAUUGGACAACGGCAGUUGAGUGCGUUUUGAAAAUGUCUGAAGCUUAGCGGGCUGCAUCGACCUUCUGCUUUCCCCUACCGUUUACAAAAGAAUAAAUGGGAUGUUUGAGAAGACAGUUCUGUAAAAAGAAGAGUGUUGCAAAUGGCUUCAGAUUCUGUGAAUGCAAAACAAACCAGGAAUCACUUCACAAAGGGGAAAAGGCAACAGCACCAGCAAGUAAAGAAUAGUUCUUUAGUCAAUGAUGGCGAUGGAGAAGACUCCUUUGUCUUUGAAGCACAGGAAGCUUGGAAAGAUUUUCAUGGGUCUCUUCUUCGAUUUUAUGAAAGUGGAGAACUCUGUGAUGUCACACUAAAGGUUGGCUCCAAGUUAAUCUCUUGUCACAAACUGGUGUUGGCUUGUGUGAUUCCCUACUUCAGAGCCAUGUUUCUCUCUGAAAUGGCUGAGGCCAAGCAGACAGUGAUCGAGAUCAGAGAUUUUGACGGUGAUGCAAUAGAAGACCUGGUCAAGUUUGUCUACUCUUCACGGCUCACUCUGACUGUUGAAAAUGUCCAGCCUCUGUUAUACGCAGCCUGUAUUCUACAGGUUGAACUGGUGGCUAGAGCUUGUUGUGAAUACAUGAAGUUACAUUUUCAUCCUUCCAAUUGCUUGGCAGUAAGAGCCUUUGCGGAAAGUCACAAUCGAAUAGACUUAAUGGACAUGGCAGAUCAGUAUGCCUGUGAGCACUUUACUGAAGUAGUGGAGUGUGAAGACUUUGUAAGUGUGUCACCCCAGCAUCUCCAUAAGCUUUUGUCCUCCAGUGAUCUAAAUAUUGAGAAUGAAAAACAGGUGUAUAAUGCAGCCAUCAAGUGGCUUCUUGCCAAUCCUCAGCAUCAUUCCAAAUGGUUGGAUGAAACGCUUGCACAGGUGCGUUUGCCGCUGUUGCCAGUGGAUUUUCUUAUGGGUGUUGUGGCGAAAGAACAGACUGUCAAGCAAAAUCUAAAAUGUAGAGACUUAUUGGAUGAAGCAAGAAAUUACCACCUUCACUUGAGUAGCAGAGCAGUACCUGACUUUGAAUACUCUGUUCGGACUACACCAAGGAAGCAUACUGCUGGUGUGCUGUUUUGUGUAGGUGGUCGAGGUGGAUCCGGUGACCCUUUUCGCAGUAUUGAAUGCUAUUCUGUCAACAAAAACAGUUGGUUCUUUGGACCAGAAAUGAAUAGUCGCAGGCGACACGUGGGUGUAAUCUCUGUGGAAGGUAAAGUGUAUGCUGUGGGUGGACAUGAUGGAAAUGAACAUUUAGGUAGCAUGGAGAUGUUUGACCCUCUCACUAAUAAAUGGAUAAUGAAGGCAUCAAUGAACACAAAGAGGCGAGGAAUUGCCUUGGCCUCCUUAGGAGGCCCGAUUUAUGCAAUUGGAGGGCUAGAUGACAACACUUGCUUCAACUAUGUGGAGAGAUACGACAUAGAGUGUGAUCAGUGGAGUACAGUGGCGCCAAUGAAUACGCCCCGGGGAGGGGUUGGCUCUGUGGCUCUGAUAAACCACGUUUAUGCAGUAGGUGGCAAUGAUGGCGUAGCGUCUUUAUCUAGUGUGGAGAGGUAUGAUCCACAUCUGGAUAAGUGGAUAGAAGUUAAAGAGAUGGGUCAGCGAAGAGCAGGCAACGGAGUUAGUGAGCUCCAUGGCUGCUUGUACGUUGUUGGUGGUUUUGAUGAUAAUUCUCCUCUGAGUUCGGUCGAGCGGUAUGACCCUCGAAGCAACAAGUGGGAUUAUGUCGCAGCACUUACCACUCCCAGGGGUGGAGUGGGGAUCGCAACGGUGAUGGGCAAAAUCUUUGCAGUCGGUGGUCAUAAUGGCAAUGCAUACUUAAAUACAGUAGAAGCAUUUGAUCCAGUGCUGAAUAGGUGGGAGCUUGUUGGAUCUGUGUCUCACUGCAGAGCGGGGGCAGGUGUCGCUGUGUGUGCCUGUUUAACCAGCCAAAUUCGAGAUGUAGGUCAUGGAUCCAAUAAUGUGGUCGACUGUAUGUGAUUUGAGUUCCAGCCAUCAACAAUUUAGUCAUAUCUGAUAGUCAAGAAAGACAACCAGGAUUUUGUAUGACCCUCUUUGUACAGUUUUAACUACUACUAGAAUCUUAUUUAAAUGUAAACUGUGUAUUGUGACUAAGUGCAACUUUUGGAAUAGCAGCUGAAGAAUUAUUAGUAAUAAAGUUAAAUUUGAUUCUUCCCUCUUUAGCAAGUAAUGGAGUAAGACCAUACCUUCUCUGUAAGAUGUUUAAAGUAGUGCAAACGUUGAAAUCCCCAUUUAAAAAAGUGGAUGAAUCAAAAUGUAAAAUAGUCAUUUGCUGAGUUUUACUUAUUUUUGUCUAAUGGUGUUAGCUUUAGGCAGUGGAUUUUUCCUAGAGGGGAGAUUAGAAUCUUCAUCAACACCAGGAUACCAAGAUAGUAAGAGACCUCCUUUUGAAGAGCAAUUCUACUUGAUGCUGAUGAAUUUAUGCCUUGCUUUUUUCUAGGUGUUGAUUGUUCAAUUUCUUGGAUAUUUACAGAAGUAGAAACAAAUGUUUGAUCUCUCCACAUGCCACUUAG